AUGGCAGCGGAAGCCGGGACUGAAAUGAAGGUUCCCUGUGACACUACUGAGACCACUGAACCCUCCAUUGUAGGAAAAUGUCUCUGCAAGUUUGAAGGCAUUGGGAACAUCUUCUUCCCCAAGCGGAAGAAACGUACUGACAGGAUUAAGAAACAGGCCCUACCAUAUGGACUCAGCAAAUAUGUUAUCAUAUGCAUGGGAUGCGUGUCAAUUUGUUUGACAUCCAGUUUGUACUACAACUGGACGAUUUUCGAGGAUAUGUUUAUGCGUGACAAGAUCCUCUCGGGUUUAUGUACUGAAGAAGAGAUUAAAACGGCCACCGAUGGCACGUUUGUAUGUGAUGCUCAACGCCGAGGUAUAUCCAACCUCUACUCGGCCAUCAUGUACACCGAUUCAUUCAUGGGUAUUAUCGGUGGUUAUAUAGGAGAUCGUUUCGGUGCCUUCUACGCGCUAUUGACAGGACAGAUUGCUGGUGUGAUUGCUUUUGUUAUGUUCCAUCUUUUCAGCUACUCGACCAUCAUGUUAUACCUCACCUUUUUCUUUUGGGGUAUCUCAUGUUCGUUCGCUUUGGCUCCAUGUUGGCACUAUUCGCGUAUGUUCACAUUCGGGAACAACAUGGCAGUUAGUGUGAUCACGGCCGCCGAUAACCUGAGUAUGUUCACGCCCACGAUUGUAGAAAAAAUUGCAUACCGGUUCAAAAUAGGGUUCACAGGAUCGGCUUUGACAUAUAUAUUUUGGGCUAUUUUGGUCUCCAUCUCCGUCACCUUGUACUUCAUACCAAAGCGGUUUAUAGUACUAGAUGAGGAGGACAGUGAAGAAGCGCAAUCACUUUCUGAUAUGUUCAACGAGAGUUUUGCGAAAGCUGUGAAGGAUGUUAGAUACUGGCUGUCGGUUACCUGUUACAUCCUUCUUUGCUCAGUUCGUCUCUUCUACCGCCGUUCAUUUAGUCUUCUAUUCUUCGAUAACGAGGCUGUUAUCACAUUUUUGGAAGAGGCAUCUGACCUUUCUUUCGUUGGCAGUUUUAUAUUAGGUUACAUGAACGAGUAUUUCGGAGUUGUGACUAUGAUGGGUAUAACCACAACUAUGUAUAUUGGCGCACUCUGUGCUGUCUACUUCCGUAAUUUCCCAUGUGCAUACACGUCAGCGUUGCUCUUCGCUAUAGCACAGGCUGGUGAUAUUCAGCAGCUAAUCACCUUCAUCGAUGAGGUCUUCCCGGAACACGAAUCUACAUUGAUGGGUGUAGCAAAUAUCGCUAAUACCAUUUUCGGAUUACUCCUUCAGGUGGUUUUCAAUUACAUCUUCGACCUAUGUGGGCCGCGUAUCACCGUAUUCCUAAUGAUCCUUAUUUUGGGUGGUGUAUUGGUUAUCUGUAGUAUCAUCGAAAUGGGAAUGCGCAAGGAAUCCGAAGAAAAAGAAGAAUGUGACAAAAACGAAUCUGUAGAAGGACCAGAAGGGAAAGAACCCCUUGCAGAAGAAGAAGAUACAGCUUACAAUCCUUUCGGUUCUGACAUUUUGUUAUCUAACAUUUUGAGCGUGAUAUUGAGCUUGCCAUAUUACCUAUCGCUUUGCACAGCUGUCGGCAUAAACAACAUAGGUCAUGAUAACCAUGAGUCCAGGAAUACUGAACAGGGAUGCAGAAAGGUUUACACAUUGGAACGUGACCAGUUUUACAUGUCAAGUAACCGUAUUGUCGAGCUCUGUACUACGGUAUUCUACACAUCGUUGAUUAUCCUAUUGGGUUGUAUCUUUGAAUACUCAAGGAACAACCAACACGUCGCAACUAACAAAUCUAUUCUUGUGUUGAUGGCUUGUCUUAUAUGCCCGGCAGUUGUGGCAUCUUUGGCAUUGCCGUUCACAAAACUAUUCACGGUGCUACCACCGAUUGUGGCUAUCGGAUUAACAACGGUCCCACCACUUGGAUUUGUAAUUUUGGGCCUGUGCAACCCGAGCCCUUCUCUGUGUUUCACUCUUAUGUGCUGCCUGGUUGGAUUCGAGGGAUUUAUCCUGUUUAUAGCCGGUAACAUGAUGCUCUACAUGAACGCUUUGAUGGGAGGGCGUUUUGGCAAAUCGAUACACAGCUUGCUCGGAUGGAGUAACUUGGGCAUGGGCUAUUUCUACACCCUCCUACUUAUGUACACACUUAAGACAUUGUAUACGGGCGGUGGAGUACUCGGCGGCUACGUAAUAGCCAUGGCCAUGCAAGUCGCCAUCAGCCUCUUUGCAACGGUAGUAGUGACACUGCAUCUGACAAAUGAAAAGCAGUACUUCUGCUGUAAGAAGGAUGAUUCGAAAAAAUGCCUGGCAAUUGAACCAAAAGAUACUAAAGUUAGCAUUCAAUGUCCAGACUUACAAUCGGCGAAUAAAGAUCAUAUCGCCAGUUCAACCGGUACGGCGGCUUUGAAAGAGGAGUGCACUCUCUACUUCUUAUCACAAUAUUCUGAAAAAUAUGCUGGCAUAGCUCAUGAAGAUUACGGUCUUUGGAGCAUGAAUUAUACGACACCUUCUUUCAUCAAGCCAUCUUACGAGAUGGCCCUAUUGGCUAUGUCGGUUGCUAUCAGUGUUUCGGAUGCUACUGUCGUUUUCGUGGCACGCCCUUUCCUUGUACUGGCCGGUUUGCUCACAAUCGCACCUUAUUUCCUCAUCAGACUAUUGUUCAUGUUUUUCGAUGAUAAGAUUGCAGAAUGGCCUAAAACAGGCAUUAGCUGGAUUGGCUACAUGCGUUCAGGUCUAUUCGUCAUAAUAUUUGCUCUUUUCGUGACGAGUGAAUUCCUUCUCAAGUGGUGCACUGGCGAGACGAUAGAAAAAGGAGUCCUCAUCGCAUUCUGUAUUCUGUACGGUAUCAGGAUGUGGCUCAACGCUUUCCUACAACAUCACCUACUUUCAAGUCUGGAGAACUUCACUAUCGAAGGGUUGACGUGUAAAAAUGAAUACGCCCACAACACGGUGAUGUACAUGAAUAUCGGUCACUGCUGCGGUCUCAUCGCACUCACCUGUGUCUGUUAUCUUUAUUUCCACUAA